AUGUCGGUUACACAUGUUUUCAAGGUCGUAGACGGCCUCUCACUCGAGAUCGAUGUUCUCUCCCCACCAACUAAAGACGAAAACAGCCCCGUCCUCCUCCACUUCCAUGGAGGCUUCCUAUUUAUUGGCGAAAAAACCACCUUCCCACCGCACUGGCUGAUAAAUGCCUGUAAAAAACGCGGCUGGACAUAUGCAACAGCCUCUUAUCGGCUCCUUCCCGAAACCCCAGGUCUAGAAAUCCUCCAAGACGCAAUCGAUGCCGUAAACUGGGUUCAUGCGAACAUCAGUAAGCGGGUGAUAAUCGCCGGCUCUAGCGCAGGAGGCUAUCUAGCCCUCGCUGCAACCGCGCACCCAGCUACACCUCGACCGCUCGCCUUACUUUCCAUUUAUGGAAUGAUGGAUUCCUCUAGCGAGCGGUAUAUCCAUCCUGGCCAGCCACUUGUUGCUCCUGUCGAUGAUGAAGCGCAGACUUUGAAGGAUGUCGAGGCUGCUAUGCAGGAUGAUGCUAUUGAUGGGUAUCCGUUCCCUAUGAACCCGCCUGCUGAUCGUCGGUUUGGGUGGAUUAGGGUUUUGCAUCAGGCGGCGCAGUAUCCGGAUGUGCUUGCACGGAAGCCGGGGUUGGCGGGGAGGAUUGCUAGUGAGGGGGUUGGGGCGGUUUCGGUGGAGGAUCGGGUGCUUUUCCCGGUUAAGUUUGGGUUGAAUCAGGACUUCCCGCCUACGAUUCUUGUUCAUGGAGAUGCGGAUGAGUUGGUUGGGUUUGAUCAGAGUGUUGCUGUGGCUGGGGCUUUAGAGGCGCUUGGUGUCGAUGUUUCGUUCGAGCGUGCAGAAGGACAGGGGCACGGGUUUGAGGCGAAAGGGGUUAUUGAUUUGGAUGGGGAUGAGGAAGUGGGAGACAAGGCUGUGACUGAUCCGCUUCGGCGUGUUAUUGCUCAUCUUGAAAGACAUGUUCAAUGA